UUCGCAGGUCGGUGACAGCGGGUAACCCGGUAUCUGGCUCCGGUGGGCUUGCUGCGAGGAGUUAGAGGCCGCGAACGCCGGGAGAAGCGGCGGGCGGGCCUCGUUCCUGCUGCGCGAGAGGAGCCGGCGCUUGGGGAGGAGAGGGCGGCAGCGGCAGCCGAUCGAUCCCCCAGCCGCCCCGUGCCUGUCCUGGGGUUCUGUCAGGUGACUUUCAAGAUGAACUCUACUCUAACGGCAAGUGAGAUCCGGGAGCGAUUUAUAAGUUUUUUCAAGAGAAAUGAGCACACCUAUGUUCACUCCUCUGCCACCAUUCCACUGGACGACCCUACUUUGCUCUUUGCCAACGCAGGCAUGAACCAGUUCAAACCCAUCUUCCUAAACACAAUUGACCCAUCUCACCCUAUGGCCAAGCUGAGCAGAGCUGCUAAUACCCAGAAAUGCAUCCGGGCUGGGGGAAAACACAACGACCUUGAUGACGUGGGCAAGGAUGUCUACCAUCACACCUUCUUUGAGAUGUUGGGCUCUUGGUCUUUUGGAGAUUAUUUCAAGGAAUUGGCAUGUAAGAUGGCUCUGGAACUUCUCACCCAAGAAUUUGGCAUUCCAAUUGAAAGACUCUAUGUUACUUACUUUGGUGGGGAUGAAGCUGCUGGCUUAGAACCAGAUCUGGAGUGCAAACAGAUCUGGCAAAAUUUAGGGGUAGAUGACACCAAAAUCCUCCCUGGUAAUAUGAAGGACAACUUUUGGGAGAUGGGUGACACAGGCCCAUGUGGUCCCUGCAGCGAGAUCCACUAUGACCGGAUUGGUGGUCGGGACGCUGCACACCUUGUCAACCAGGAUGAUCCCAAUGUACUGGAGAUAUGGAACCUUGUCUUCAUUCAGUAUAACAGGGAACCUGACGGCCUUCUGAAACCUCUUCCCAAGAAGAGCAUCGACACAGGGAUGGGUCUGGAGCGGCUGGUGUCGGUGCUGCAGAAUAAGAUGUCCAACUAUGACACUGACCUUUUUGUUCCUUACUUUGAUGCCAUUCAGAAGGGUACAGGUGCCCGGCCAUACACUGGGAAGGUUGGUGCUGAGGAUGCUGAUGGAAUUGACAUGGCCUACAGAGUGCUGGCAGACCAUGCACGGACCAUCACUGUGGCACUGGCUGACGGAGGCCGGCCUGACAACACAGGGCGAGGGUACGUGUUACGACGGAUUCUCCGCCGGGCUGUUCGGUAUUCCCAUGAGAAACUGAAUGCCAGCAGGGGGUUCUUUGCUACAUUAGUUGAUGUUGUCGUCCAAUCCCUGGGAGAUGCAUUUCCUGAGCUAAAGAAGGACCCAGACAUGGUGAAGGACAUCAUUAAUGAGGAAGAAGUGCAGUUUCUCAAGACGCUUAGCAGAGGACGUCGCAUCUUGGACCGAAAAAUUCAAAGUCUUGGAGACUGCAAGACCAUUCCUGGAGACACUGCUUGGCUCCUCUAUGACACCUAUGGAUUCCCAGUGGAUCUUACCGGACUGAUUGCUGAAGAGAAGGGCCUAGUGGUGGACAUGGAUGGCUUUGAAGAGGAGAGGAAACUGGCCCAGCUGAAGUCACAGGGCAAAGGAGCAGGUGGAGAAGACCUCAUUAUGCUGGACAUUUAUGCUAUUGAGGAGCUCCGGGCUAAGGGUUUGGAGGCCACAGACGAUUCUCCAAAGUAUAAUUACCAUGCAGACUCCAGUGGUAGCUAUGUGUUUGAGAAUGAAGUGGCUACAGUGCUCGCUCUGCGCAGGGAAAAGAUGUUCGUGGAAGAGGUGGUCACUGGCCAGGAGUGUGGAGUGGUCCUGGAUAAGACCUGCUUCUAUGCUGAGCAAGGAGGGCAGAUCUACGAUGAAGGCUACUUGGUGAAGGCUGAUGACAGCAGUGAGGAUAAAACUGAGUUUACAGUGAAGAAUGCUCAGGUACGAGGCGGGUAUGUGCUACACAUAGGAACAAUAUACGGGAACCUCAAAGUCGGGGAUCAAGUCCGGCUAUUUAUUGAUGAGACCCGGCGGAGACCUGUCAUGAGCAACCACACAGCCACCCACAUUCUGAACUUCGCCUUGCGCUCUGUGCUGGGGGAAGCUGACCAGAAAGGCUCGCUGGUUGCUCCUGACCGCCUUCGGUUCGACUUCACGGCCAAGGGAGCCAUGUCCACCCAGCAGAUCAAAAAGGCUGAGGAGAUUGCCAAUGAGCUGAUUGAGGCAGCUAAGCCUGUCUACACCCAGGAUUGUCCCCUGGCAGCAGCGAAAGCUAUCCAGGGCUUGAGAGCUGUGUUUGAUGAGACCUAUCCUGACCCUGUGCGAAUUGUCUCCAUUGGAGUCCCAGUGUCUGAGCUGUUGGAUGAUCCCUCUGGACCUGCUGGAUCCCUUACUUCUGUUGAGUUCUGUGGGGGAACGCAUCUACGGAACUCCAGUCACGCUGGUGCUUUUGUCAUCGUGACCGAAGAAGCUAUUGCUAAAGGCAUCCGGAGAAUUGUUGCUGUCACAGGUGCUGAAGCCCAAAAGGCUCUCAGGAAGGCAGAGAGCUUGAAGAAAUCUCUCUCUGCUAUGGAGGUCAAAGUGAAGGCCCAGACUGCACCCAACAAAGAUGUGCAGAGAGAGAUUGCUGACCUUGGUGAGGCCCUGGCCACUGCAGUCAUUCCCCAGUGGCAGAAGGAUGAACAGCGGGAGACUCUGAAGUCCCUGAAGAAGGUCAUGGAUGACUUAGACCGGGCCAGCAAAGCUGAUGUCCAGAAGCGAGUGCUGGAGAAGACAAAGCAGCUUAUUGACAGCAACCCCAACCAGCCGCUGGUCAUCCUGGAGAUGGAGAACGGCGCUUCGGCCAAGGCCCUGAAUGAAGCCUUGAAGCUUUUCAAGACACAUUCCCCUGAGACAUCUGCCAUGCUCUUCACAGUGGACAAUGAGGCUGGCAAGAUCACAUGUUUGUGUCAAGUCCCUCAGAAUGCAGCCAACCGAGGCCUAAAAGCCAGCGAAUGGGUACAGCAAGUGUCAGGCUUGAUGGAUGGCAAAGGUGGUGGCAAGGAUGUGUCUGCCCAGGCCACAGGCAAGAACGUGGGCUGCCUGCAGGAGGCGCUGCAGCUGGCUACUUCCUUUGCUCAGCUCCACCUGGGAGAUGUGAAGAACUGAGUGGAGUCCCUCACUGGGAAGCAUUCUUCCCCACUACUGGAUACAUCAGGGCGCAUCAGUGCAGCCGGGAGCUCUCCAUCUGCCAGAAGGACAUUGGGCUAUCUGUCCUAAUCCAGCAGUAACUGGAACACACUUGGAGCUGUUCUGUGACUCACUGCCCCUUUCCAUUACUGCUCUGAGCCGUCCACAUCAGCACCAUCUGUCUAGAACCACUACUCCAGGAUUGUUAUUUAACAUCUUCGCGCUGUCAUCUAGACAGGUUCUCUCUGUAGACCCAACUGUCUAGGUCUGCAGAUAGUAAUCCUUUUUGCUGCAGAAAAUAAAAGGACCAUGUGCAAUA